UCAUUCUUAGGUAUUUCAUUAUAUUUCUGUCUACUGAGAUAUUCAUCAUUGUAGGUUCUCAUACAUGUGCGUGGGAAAGUCCCAAUACAAGCUCUAUUUUUAGUGGGUAAAUUCUAUUUCUGUCUCACACAAAGAGGCGUGCCUUUACAGUACAUAUAUGAUACUGUGAUGACAAUUCGGACAGUUUCUAUUACCAAACGAACUACCUGUUCGAUGAAAAAAAAGUAAUUCGCUGUUGAAUUUUUACUCAGUAGACUUGUAAUAUUUACAGACAUGGAAGAUUCGAAAAGGACCAGAAGUGACUACAGUGAUUCAGGGUUGCAGGAGGUUCAGAGAGGAUCCCAGAACAGCCAACUCAAUAAACAGAACCCACUUCAGAGUUACAAGAUGGAUGCCAGCCCGUGUGGUCUCUGUUUGAUCAUAAAUAACGUGAAGUUCUUACCUGAGUCUGGCUUGAAAAGUCGCAGCGGUUCCAACAUAGAUUGUGAUAAACUUGAAAAGAGAUUCAAGUCCUUGAAUUUCAUUGUUGAUGUUCAGCAGAACCUGACUCAUGAGCAAAUAAUUCAGCAGUUGUCAGCCCUUUCUAAGAAGGACCAUUCUAAAUAUGACUGCUGCAUUGCGGUCAUUCUGUCUCAUGGCUGUAAGGCAACUAAGAACCUCAUCCCGGGUGCUGUGCAUGGAGUUAACGGAGCUAUAGUUCCAGUUGAGGACAUUACCAGUUACCUCAAUGGGGAGCACUGUCCAUCUCUCCAGGGCAAGCCCAAGCUCUUCUUCAUCCAGGCCUGCGGUGGAGAUGAAAUGGACAAAGGAUAUGAAGUGCCCAUUCAAGAGGCCAGCGACCGCUGCAGUAGGGAUGCUGUCCCUGUUUCCUGGAGUGACACACUAACUGACAAGCCAGACAAGUUCAAUGCUUACACAACACUGCCAGUACCCAGUGACAUCCUGGUGUCAUACUCUACUUACCCAGGGUAUGUCUCAUGGAGGGACAAGGAGACUGGCACCUGGUACGUGGAGACCCUGGACCAGAUCUUGGCAGAGCAUGCAGCAACAUGUGAUCUGGUUACCAUGCUGACGAUGGUCAACAACAAGGUUGCACAGAAUUAUGUUAAAGACAAACAAUCUACAACCUACAAACAGAUGCCCUUCUUCUUAUCGUCUUUAAGAAAGCAUCUCCACUUCCAAAGUUCUCCCCAGGGAGACACUCCAUGGAACAUUCCAGAAUGUUUUAACAACACCGUUUCCUCAAUACAGGAUUGAUACAACCAGGAUUCCAUAUUACUGCACCUACACAUUGGACUCAAAUUUCUAGAUCUUUAUUUGUUUCCUACGUGCUCUUCAGUGUGUGGGUCAUUUAUGAUGUACCUAAUUAUUUUGCUUCACUGAUUAUUUAUUAAUUAUGAAUAUUUCAUGGUGGAAUAUGUGACUUUUACCAAUAAUUGUAUCUUCAAGAUGUAGUACUAAAUUGCAUUUUAUUUAUCCUGGUGCUCCCCCCAAGCACCUGUCCCCUCCCCUGAAACUGUGACACAAAAAUUUCACUUUGGCUGGCAAUGUGAACAUGUAACUGAUUCGAUGAAGCUGCUCACUGUAAAAGCAAGUUUCAAAAGAAAAAUGCUGUGUUGAGACAAAUUAUAACGUAACAAAUAUGGCCGCCAAUUCAGACAUAUCAUGGCAGUUUGUGGGUCAUGUUUAUAAAAAGGAGAUUACAAAAUGAAGUUCUGCCUUUAGUGACAGGUCACUGCCAGUGUGAGUAAGCAGUGACACAACAAAGGGAAUCAUUUUACAUUCACACUCGGGGUUGGAUGCUGUCAAAAUACUGUACACAUACUCCAUGGCAGACAUUACACAGAUACUACAUUUAUUGUUUACAACACUGAUGCACAACAGGGUUUGGGAAAAUUCAGAAUUAAUUGCUCCCCAUUCCAUUUAAAAAUUGGGAUUUUAAUUGAAUUGGCCACACCCCUGUAUGUCCUUUUCCAUGGACACAUAUUUAUGGUUUUUCAAAUUGGACUGUUUAUGUGUAUUAGCAAGGUCUUUCCAUUUUAAUAAAAAAAAAAGUUUUUGCAUCA